AUGACAUGGGAGGACAUCGAAGAGGAAGGUGAGCAUUCGGCCUCGCGAGAAGCUGAGGGAGGCAAAACGCAGAGAGGAGACCCGGCAGCGGAAAGAGGGGAGAACACGAAGGCCUCGCAUGGCGCUGAGGAAAUAAGGUUUUCGGCCUCGCAAUGCGCUGAGGGUCACAGAGGCAAACAAAAGACCAAGAGGCGUAACGCGACACCAAAAGAGCCACCAAAGGAACUGCCACAGGAGUGGCACAAGCUAUGCCAAGUGGUGGGUCAAUAUGAUGCUCCCAGUGAGGCUACCGCACUCGAAGCCAUUGAAAAACUGGAAGAGCAAGAUCUAAACCCGCUGCAACAACGAGCAUGCCACGAAGUGCUCCGUUCCUUUGUGGAGAAGGAUGCACAAUAUGCCAAAUGGAUCCUGGAAGACGUGGCCAGGGGGUAUCGCCAAGGGGAUACGGCCGCAUGUAUCAGGAUUACUGCGGCUAACAUCACCAGCUGGAGAAAACCCAUUGCGGCAUGGAUACACGAGCUAGGACCGGACCUGGUGGUGCUGCAGGAAACCCAUCUCAGGACAGAGGGUAUCCAGCAAGCCAUGAGCCAUUGCCAGGAUAUGGGGUAUACCUUCAUUGGCAUGCCUGGCAGUACAAAAAUUAAGGGUGUGCAAGGAGGCCUGGCAGUGGCGGCACCCCGACACAGGAACCUGCGAUACCUUGCUGAGUUUGGUUCAGGACCCGCGGGCUUCCUGGCAUGUGCCAUGCGAAACAAAGGCUGGGAUUUGAUCAUCGUCAGCCUGUAUUUGGAGAGCGGAGUCGGAUUCCAGGCUCCAAACAAUGUCCAGGUACUGGCGAGACUGAUAGCCUUCCUCAAAGGCUGCAAAGUGCCAUACAUGGUGUUAGGAGAUUGGAAUGAAACCCAGGAUACCAUGAGGGGCACAACUAUGGCGACAGAAGUUGGUGGUGCAUUUGUUGGAGUGGGGGAACCAACGGCCCAAGGAUCGGACGAAAUCGAUUACGGGCUGGUUGCGAAAUGCUUGGUGCCCAUCCUGCAAGUGAAAACGGAUUGGGAAACCCCUUUUCGGCCUCAUGCUGCGAUGCAUUGGAGGGUAGCCCAACCGUGUAGUAGCCCUGAUGUUCCCCAGAUGAAGAAGGCGGGAGCACUGGUGACGGAGACUGUGGAAUACGAACCAGUUCAAAACACACAGACCAUCAACAUCUUGGAUGAACCCAAGAUGGAAGAUGAGCUCAGUGAGACAUUCGCUCACCUGAGUGCCGGUGUGGAGAGGUCGAUCACAGGCCGAAUCGACGGUAUGGGUGUUAAAUCGGAGAUUGUCCGGAAGAAAUUGGUGGUCAACAACCCGGAGAACGUUGUCUGGACAGGCAAGAGGGCGGCCUUUUGGAACCGGGUCCAACAAUGGGUCAAACAAGGCAGACAUCAUGGCGAUGCGCAUCCGGUGGCGCGUCUGGUCCAACGCAGGCUCGGCGAGUAUUACGAGGGUGAUGCGCAGAACCAGGAGGAUAUGCUCGUGAGUAUCCUGGGCCGGGGUACGAACGCUAGACUUGUUCUGAAGCGCAUCGACGAACAGCAAUGCUACGCGAGAAAGGCGGAUAUGGAGGAGACAGCCCACCAGUACAAGCAAUGGCUCAGCAAGGCCAUGGAAAAGGGCAUGCGACCAUUAUACAAUGCCUUGCGAAAAGAAGAACAAGUGGUACAAAGACCCUACAUGGAAUAUGACAUGCUGGAACGGCCACACAUUCGCCGAGACCACUGGGCGGCAGUGUGGACGAAGGGCCAGCCGUUGGCAAAAUCGGCCUCGCUCAUGACGGAGCUUGAGGAUGCAGCCAAAAAACAAGCGGCCAGCGUGGAGCCGCUGAACCCUGUAGAGGUCAAGGCAAGGAUCAAAAAACUGGCACUAAAGAGCCCGGGGCCGGAUGGCUGGAGGAUUGACCAUUUGCAGGCCAUGGACGACAAAGCAGUUGAAGCCGUUGUGUCCUUCUACCAUGAAUGUGAGGCCAAGGCAGCAUGGCCGCAGCAAAUGACAGUCUCCCUUAUAGCAAUGCUGCCGAAGAAUCUGACCCGGGAAAGACCAAUCGCCUUGCUACACAUCCUGUACAGGACCUGGGUCCGGUUGCGAUGGGAUUUGGUAAGUACUUGGCAGGCAGGCUAUGCCAAAAAUGCCACGUACGACAAGGCAGUCCCAGGCAGUUGCUGCUUGGACGUGGCCGUAGGCAGACUGCUGCGAAAUGAGGUGGCGAAGACAAAUGGUGUGCAUGUGGUGUCACUCUUUGUGGACCUUGAGUCCUUUUUCGAUACCAUCCAAUUUCAGCAACUGAUUACGGCAGCAACGGCCCUGCAAUAUCCACCGCUAAUCCUGAAGAUGGCACUGGAAGUGUACAUGGGUGCCAGAUAUUUGGUGGCGGAUGGGGUGCUAUCGGCAGGCAUCAGAGCUACGAAUGGCGUGCAAGCGGGUUGCCCAGCGGCGCCAUCGUUGGCAAAGGUGGCAUUGCACCCGGUGAUUGAUAAGAUCCAAAGGCGAAGAGAUGUGACAAAUGUGGAUUGUUGGUUGGAUGAUGUCUCAAUUGACAUCCAGCAUAAAUCCUUUAAACAAGCGGCGGAUAGUGCGAUACGAGUCUACCGCAGCUUAAAGGACGGGAUGGACGCCAAUGGUUUCACGAUUUCAUCCAAGAAGACAGGGUUUGUAGCCAGCAGUACCCAGGCGAGCAAGCACCUGCGAGGACUACUGUUACCGCAUGAGCCGCAAGUGUACGACGUGAUGCGUGACUUGGGCGUCGACAGUACAGGUGGGAGAAAGCGUCGCUUGGUGACGUCGGCCACGCGGGCGAAAAAAGCACACGCACGACAAAGCAAGCUGUCCAGGCUGGGGCCGCCGCCCAGCACUAAACUCCGCGUGGUUAAGGCUGCGAUCACAUCCGUGGCUCUGUGGGGGCACCCAUCUGUGGGGGUAUCACCCAAAAGAAUGAAAUGGCUCCGUACAGUGGUUGGAAAACACCUGGGCAAAUACAAGCUUGGUAGUUUGGAAACCAUUUUGGACAUGGGAGCCAAGAAAUGCCAGGAUCCGAAGAGCACAAUCCACAAGCAGCAUUUCAAGGUGGUGGCUAAAGUUUUCCGUGCAUGGAUUGGUGGCGGAAAAGCCCACUUUGACUUGGCCUGGAAAACCACUUGGAAGAGGUUGAGUGCGGCCAAACACCACUGGCCACUGGUCACGGGACCGAUGGCAGCAACCAUGGCGUACUUAAUGGAUCUGAAGGUGGAUGCCAGUGACCCAGGCAAAUGGAAGAGAGGAAGUGUCCUCAACGUUGAUUGGACCCAGCCACGCAUGGGUAGCCUCGCCUACAAAUGGCUUGAGGGAUUCCUGGAGGAACAGAAACGGGCUGCAAUAGCGCGACAGGCAGGUGGCGCUGGUGCCCAAGAGGGGCUGGAUUGGACGCCGCAUCACAAGCUGACGAAGAUGGGAGGCCUAAGCCCAGGCCUUAUGGAAGGUAUAAAGUCAGUGUGGCACGCGGGCGUCAUCACGGAGUCCAAGCCUGGAUGGUGGAAGAAGUGCCAAAUGCCAGCAACUCUGGAGCAUGUCCUCAAAGAAUGUCCUUACUGGCGUGAACAAGGGUUCAAAGAACCCAAGCUCCAGGAAUACUUGCGCCACAAAUACCCAUGGGAGUGUCUGUGGACAAGGGCACUCCUGCCAAAGCCGGCGGUGUGGCACCCGAAGCCGCCGGAACACCUUUUAGGUCUGCGCUACCAAGGAUGCUUCGCAGCAGAUGCAAAAGUGGAAGCGGAAGGCUUGAUCUUCGCCACUGACGCAAGUGGAGGUCCAGGAGGAAUAGACCCACGUGUACAAACAUCAGCCCUCGCAGUGGUGGCUAUGUCCUGGACAAAAGGUGUGCUGGUGGAAGUCGGACGGAUUACAGAGCUGGUCUACCCGUGGCAGCCGGUGGUGGACAUGGAGCGCCGUGCACUUUUCCGACUAAUGGAGCACACGGAGGAUCUGAUUGAUGUCACUAUGGAUUGCAAGCCGGCAGUCCAAGUGCUACAAAAAACACAACCGCCGGAGGAUGACCUGGAAUGGAGCAAAGUGUGGAAUGACAGGAAGCGUAUCAAGGCAACAUGGGUCCCGUCCCACAAAACUGAAGAGGAAUUCCUGGCGAAGAUGGGGCCGGGCACGUUGUGGCGACGUGCAGCGAAUGACAUGGCAGACAAAGUAUGUGGAGCAGUGGCGGCGGCUGCUUACAGCCCAGCGCACAAGAGGCGUGUCAAAGAGUUGGACAAUGUGGUGCGCACACUUUCCCUGGCGUACGGUGCACGCGCAGCCCACAUAUUGCGGAAGCGCAAAGAAGCAGACUUCCCCUUCAUCCUGGACCAUGCGCAUUACAAAGAGAAGAUGGAAGCCUCGCAGAAAGCUGAGGGAUGCAAAAAAGAGCAUGGCGGAGCCAAACUCAACAAACGCCAGCGGCUUUGGCAGUUGCUUGACAACCCGGAGCGUGGGCAUCAAUGGGAGAAGGGCAGCGAACACCCCCGGAAUUUAACCCUGAAAUGCCGACUGUGUGGUUUGUAUGUACAACAAACCCUCACGAACUUGGAGGUGGUAUUGGAGCAGUACUGCGUCAACCAGCCGGAGGCGCGUGUGCGGGAAGAGUGGGGAAUCCACCCCUCCCAUAAUAUGGUGAAUUUGGGGAUCCGAUGGGUUUGCGCAAAGUGUGACAGAACACAUGCGCCGGUUAGCCAGAGGUGCAAUAAAAGCCUGGCGGGUGAGUGCAAAUCGCGGACUUCCCAGGGCAAGCUGGCUACCCAAGCGCAAACCCUUGUCAAUGGUGGUAGUAUGAGCCACGUCCAGUUUCAACAGCCUCGCGUUCAGUUUGGUGGAAAACACGCCAAAGCUAAGAAUCGGCCGGACAAAGGCAAAGGCAAAGGCAAGCACAAGCAGCAGGAUGAGCCCAUGCGAGACCGUUCCCCGCUUCGACAGGAAGACGAAAGCCAGCCUCGUACAGUCACGCUGGCAGAAGGACCAGGUGCCCACAACAUGGCCUCGCGGGAAGCUGAGGGACAGGAGCUGGGCGUACUCGAAGAGGAUAUGCUCUGGAUCGGCUGUGGGACCCUGUGGGCAGGAUGGAUUAAAGUCCUUUUCGACGAGGCGGUGGAGGGCCACUACCACCACUACUUUUAUGGAAGUAUCAUCCGCAGAGCAGAACUGUUCAACCCAUGGUGGCAGGAACAUCGUCAAGAAGCCAGGGUCCUCAGACAGUCCCUGUUUUACCUGGUGGCUAUAACGUCAUGGUUGACCAUGCAAGGGGUUGCUCUAUCGGAUAUCACGGUGAGCAACGUUGGGCGCGACCCGAUGUCAGGAUCGCUACCACGGGCAGUGUUCUUUGACACGGCUGAGUGGUCGACGCUGCAGGAGGAGAAAUACAAGCUAUCAUGCGGCCUCGUACGCAUCCUGGAGAAAUAUGACGAGGAGCUACUGGCAACCAUACGUGGAUUGGUCAGAACGUACGACGGAAAGGCCAGCGCGCUUUGGAUGGCGUGCGUGGGCAAUGUCGGGCCUUUUGCCCAGCACCUACUGGAUGCCGGGAUUGCAAACGAGGCAGGCAUGACUCGUGCCUAUUUUGUUUGCAAGAAGUGUGGGCCGAGCAGCUGGAUCUUUCAGGAUCGUGUCGGGGCGAAUCCUUUUUGCCAGAAGUGUGGUUGCCAGUGGCCGAAGCCGAAGCCACAGCAGCCCAAUGCAAUUGCAGGUGCUGACUGGGCGAACCGAAGUGAACAGGCCCGUGUGUGGAAGAACAAGGGCCCCAAGGCCACAAAGGACCGUGCAGGCAACGCUCCUGUGGGGGCCGCGCAGAGGGCUCUGGUGACUGUGUGGGACUCUCUCCCUGGGCCGGCGCAGCAGGCCAUCGAGUUGGCUGGCUGGCAGCCGCGACCUCCAGCUUCCCCGCCGGGGCUGGGAGGAAAGGGCAACCAGUCGAAGCAGGAAGGCGUGAGGCCAUGGAAAGGGGGCUCGGGCAAGGGACAUGGUGCCAGUGGCGGUGCUGAAGCUGAGGCUGUGCGUGUAGAAACAGCAAAGGCAUUGUUUGCUUCUGCGAGUGAUGAACAGCGGGCGCUUCUCAUUCAGCUGGGCAUCAAGGCCCCUGAGGAGCCGCAGCCUGAUUUGACUGCAUUGUGCAAACAGCACAUGAGUUCCCUGCCUGCUGACAUCCGCAAGCUUGUUGAGGAUCCCCCUGAAAAGCCUCCAACAGCACAGGAACUGAUGAGUGAAAAGAGCAAACAGUUUAAGGUUGCAACAACUGAGCUGCGAGAGCUUAUCUUCAAGAAGUCUUCUUUGCAGUUGCGCUUGGAUAAGCAUAAGGAGCUUUUCACCAGCAUGCUUGCAGACAUGAAAGUCAUUAAUGAAACCUUGGAGGCACGGCAGAAGUUGGUGUCUUCCUUGCAGCUCGAGCUUCAGUCGUCUGUUGCUGCUGUUCCUACUCCCGAGGCCUUGCCCGAGGCAACAGAGUCUCUUGCCAAGCAGGUUGAGGCUAUGGAUGUAGACCAGCUUGAUGACUACAAGCAGAGGGUGAUUGAUGCGCUGGAGGAGGCUGUGAAGCGCAGGCGUACUGAGGCGCCGGCAGCGAAGCCAUUGCCAGCCCAAGAGCCGGAGGCUCCCACAGGGCCGGGACAGGCUGGUGAGGCCAUGCCUGCAGGUGAAGGCAAGGAACCCGUUGCUUUGUCUGGCGAUGUAUUGGACAGUGAUUUUCAGCAGCCGCCUGCGUCAAUCCAGCUUGAUGCGUUCGGGCCCUACACUCAGUAUGCCGAGCCGUAUGUCAUUUCGGACAAGUCCGUUUCGCUCGGCAGCUUGAGGCAAGAGAGUGGUCAGCAUUGGGCGCAGUCCAUUGAAUUUGCUAGCUUGGAGAACUCCGUUGCAUGCCCGAUACCGCGUUGUGAGCUUUGUGCAUCCCCGUUGGCUGUCGCAAGAAAUGUGAGCCCCCGGGGGGUGCAUGCCGCUGUGUAUGACUUGUGCACCUUUUGUGUUGGCCAGGCCGUGACAGCCCCAAGCUGUGCGGCCAGCUAUCACGCCGAAUCCUCUGGAGUGCAAGGGAGGCCGGAGCCUUUCGUUGUUGGUAUCAUUCCUGGCCCUUACCCAUGUGCUUCCCUCAAUGCGGAGGGCCCGAACCUCAAUUCGAACCUCAAUUUGGAGUCAAGCGGGCUGGACCUCCGCCAGCAUCGGUUUUCGGCUGGAGUUUGUUCACAGGACCUCCCAGGGCCCGAGCUGUGCGCGUGUGGAAGUGGCAAGGUCCUAGGUGCCCUUCAUGUGCCAGAGGUUCAGGCUUUUGUGAGAGCAUGCGGCAACGUUGCAGAAAACAACCCAGGUACGGAGGUUCGUUUGGCGGUGCAUCAGUUGAACAACUUCUGCCAGUGGUGCAUCCUUGCCUGGCAUGCCGGGGCCAGCAAAGGUAAAGGCGAGCGCGGAGAAGAUGGCACAGGCGCCGAAGGUUGGCCGAGGACCCAGGAGGAGGAGGCUUUUGCCAUGAAGUGGAGUUUGUGUGAGGAGUUGGUGGGGUCGCUGGCCCGGGGUCCUGGGGGACCAGGUGCAGGCACGAAAGCACCGGCGUGCUCAGCCGAUGGUGCGCAGGAUGAGGGUGCCCUGCUUGAUGCGGUGGAGGUGACGGAGCAACAAGGUCUCAUGCAGGAGGGCACUUUCGUUUGGAGGGCCGCUGAGCUCGCCAUUGAAACUCAGGCGGGGGAUGUGCCUAGGAGUGUGGCUUGUUGGGCUAUUGACGAUGCCCUUUCCAAUCUGUCGACACCAAAAUUGAGAGCAGACCUGCGUGUGAUUAGUGCCAACAUAACUUCUUGGAGGAAGGACCUGUGCCCAUGGAUUGCUCAACAUAAGGCGUCCAUCUUGUUGCUACAGGAAACACAUCUUUCGCCGGAACAGCCUGAUCUUAUCGAUGCCCAGCUCGGGUUUCAUGGCUAUGGUGUUUUCAGCAUCCCGGGCCAUCCCACAGGCAAGGGAGGUACCUCAGGGGGAUUGGCCAUUUGUUUCCGCAAACACUUGAACCUGAGGUGUGUCCAUCAUUUUGUCAAGGCCGGUGCUGGUUAUCAAGUUGCAGCCCUCAGGUUGAAGGAUGUCGAUUGUUACUUUGUGAAUGUUUACUUGAAGGCUGGUGAGGGUUUUCAGGGCAGCCUCAAUGCGCAAAUCCUGGCCAGCUUGAUUCCAUUCCUUCGCUCGGUCCGGGGCCUCUAUUUCUUGGCCGGGGAUUUCAACGAAGAUUUUGAUGUCAUUGCUGCAACCAGUCUUGAGCAGGAGGCUAAGGGCAGGUGGAUCAGUUCAGGUGAGUCCACAUGUGCCGGGGGUGGCAACAUUGACUAUGGCUUGCUGGCGCCGGUCUUGGCGGCCGGAGCCUCCUUGUCUGUGGAUUGGGUCAGCCCAGGUGCAACCCCGGCCUUUCGAGGGCAGCAUAAACUUCAUUUUAAAAAGUGGCAACAAGAGAAGAAUGCCUCCUAUGCCAAAUGGCUCCGGCAAGCCUCCUUGAAGGGUAUGCGACCCUUGUUCAAAAGUGUUAAGUCUGAAGAGGUCAUCACCAUUCGCCCCUUUCUUGAUGCGCCCGUCCAGGAACGCAUUUAUCUUCGGUGGCGCCAAUGGUUUGAUUUGUGGUCGCGCCCGGACGGGGUCGAUCCGGCUUUGUUGGCAUCUCUCAAGGCGGCAGCCAUUGAGCAAGCGGGCAGACUGCCCCCGAUUUCUUUGGAUCGGGCGGUUUCUUUCUUUAAGAAGGUUCCUUGUAAGGCGCCAGGUUUAGACGGUUGGACGUGCGAAGUUCUGCUUCACUUGAGUGCUGAGGCAGUGCAAGCCAUUCUUGAUUCUUUCCAUCACUGUGAGAGGCAAGCUGCGUGGCCGGAUCAGCUGGUUUUCGCGCUUAUUGCAUUACUUCCCAAAUCUGAAAAACGUGAGCGUCCCAUUGCACUUCUGCACAUUUUAUAUCGUGCUUGGGUAAAAUUGAGAUGGCAACUUGUUGCUGAUUGGCAGGCUGCCUAUGCUAGGCAGGCUCAAUGGGACAAGGCCGUCCCGGGGGGCCAGGUCCUUGAUGUGGCCCUUGCCAGGUUGAUGUUGGGGGAAACGGUGCGACGCAGCAAGCAUCACUUGAUAACACUGUUUCUUGACAUGGAGACCUUUUAUGAUCGGUGCUUGUUUAAUGACGUCAUCAACUCCGGGCUUUCCCUUCAAUACCCCCCUUUGAUCCUUCACCAAGCCCUGCUCACUUACAUGGGGCCUCGUUUCGUUCAGUCUGAGGGCUCUCUGUGCCCGCCUAUAUGGCCGGGCAGGGGAGUCCUGGCAGGAUGCCCGGCGGCACCUUCGGUGUCAAAACUUGUCAUCCACCCAGUUGCUGCGAAACUGGCCUCUAAGAAAACUGCUUGCAACCUUGACAUUUGGAUUGAUGAUCUUUCCUUGGAUUCGAUUAAUAAGUCCCCGCUUCAUGUUUCAAUCUCCAAGACUUGUUUUGUGGCUUCGUCCAAGGAGGCGGCUAAGGCUCUUGAGAGGCAACAUGUCCGUUCCGUUGCGAGGGUCUUCCGCAGAUGGCAAAGUGUAGAUCCAGACAAGUUUCGUUCGACAUGGGCCAGCAUUUGGCUGUGGCUUGUUGCGGCACAGCACCCGUGGAAGCGGGUCAAUGGUCCGCUCGCGGCCUUAAUGGCCUAUCUUGGUGAACUCGGUGUUCAGGCGCCCCAAGCUCAUCACUGGCAUAAGGGCGACAGCCACCUAACGAUCGAUUGGUCCAGCCUGGAUGCCACUCGUCGUGUGUGGCAGUGGCUCCUGCCCCUGUGGGAAGAGGCUCGCUUGCAGCGGGUGGCCAAACUGGAGGGGUGCUAUGCGCUGGACUUGGGGGUUGAUUUUGCGGUUCAGGACCGCCUCCAAAAGCGAAAGUUUUUCAACAAAAGCAUGGCCGUUAACCUGCAAGCGUUGUGGCAAGGUGCUUUGUUGAGCAGGUCCAAGCCGGGGUGGUGCACAGCUUGCAAUUGCCCACUUGAUUUGCAACACGUCUUGUGGGGCUGUCCCUUCAUCUCUGAUAAAUUUCCUUUGCCUCCGCAUCUCCGUGAAGCCCGCGCAAAGUUCCCUUGGCCGAGUCUCUGGCUCAGAGGAUUGGUUCCCAAGGACGUUACCAGGUUGGGUGUGUUAUGGAACUCCUCUGGUUGUGUUGUGGACGGGUUGUGGCAAAAUCGACAUGUCCUCAACAGCGACUCUUUGGUUUUUGCUUCGGAUGCUUCAGGGGGCCCUGGAGCCAGGGAUCAUAGAUCGGCCUGUGUGGCAUGGGCCUGCGCGGCCUACAAGCUCGAGCCCGAUGGCCCCAAACGUGUGGCGAGCAUCACUUGUUUCCCGGAGCAGCCCUUGACAGUUGCCAGUGCGGAGCAGCAAGCCGCCUAUGAGCUUUUCAGUAGGGUUUCGGGUUCCUUCGAUUUGACAGUGGACUGCAAGGCGGUCACGCAGGUUGUAGCCAGGCCGUCGCCGCCACUUGAUGGCCCGGAUGCUUCUUAUUUUGCCGAACGAGGCAUCCCGGAGUGGCGCCGUCUUAUCAAUGCUGAUGUAGAUGAGCUUUGUGGCGUCCAACCCCUGUCAGGGCAUCGUGGGCACAGUGCCGCCGAUUUGGCAGGUUGCUUCGACUUCGGCUUCGUCAUUGCUUCAGGCCCCUUGUAA